GUCAAGAUGGAACAUGCUGAAGCCUUUUCUCGUCCCCUGAGUCGGAAUGAUAUUGGUUUAAUUUUCUGUUUGAUGAUAUUUGAUACAAUAACAUACUUUACAAUCAAAUGGAUAUUGGAUGCAAUUCAUCCAAUGAGAAAGCAAAAGCUGAAACAGGCAGAAAAAUUAAUGAAGCCAAUUGGCGUGAAAAAUGUGAAGCUUUCAGAAUAUGAAAUGGGUAUUGCUGUUCAUCAACUAGACCGUCUGAACACGUACGUUACUUGGAGUCAUAUAGGAGGUUUAAAUGAUGUCAUUACGGAUCUGAAAGAUACAGUCAUCUUACCUAUCAAAAAGAAACAUUUGUUUGAAAAUUCCAAGCUUCUGCAGCCUCCAAAAGGUGUUUUUCUCUAUAUGCCUCCAUGUUGUGGUAGAACAUUGAUUACCAAGGCUACAGCCAAAAAAGCAGGUUGUUGUUUUCUUAACCUUCAGCCUUCAACACUGACCAGUAAGUGGUAUGGAGAAUCUCAGAAACUAGCUGCUGCUCUUUUCUCUGCCAUGAAGCCACAGUCUUCCAUCAUCUUUAUAGAUGAAAUUGACUCCUUUCUACAAAAACGUUCAAGUUCUGACCAUGAAGCUACAGCCAUGAUGAAAGCUCAGUUGAUGAGUCUUUGGGAUGGAUUGGGUACUGAUCACAGGUGCCGGGUCAUAGUGAUGGGAGCUACGAAUCAUCCUCAGGAUUUUGACUCAGAUAUAAUUGGAAAAAUGCCUAUGAGAUUUCAUGUCAACCAGCCUGUUCUAAAACACACCUCACCUUCGGUCCACGUAGAAACCGUCUUUGGCGACAUAUUCCUGUUUAAAACCCUUUACUACCCCCGGCCCUCCCCCUGCAAAGUCCUCUUCCGCGAGGUGGAUUCGCGCCCCGCAGCCUCGCCCUCUCGGCCCCCGGAGGGCAGCGCCGGCCGCCCCGCUCCCGGACAGGCCGCGUCCUCCCCCCGGUCCUGGGGUUCUGCAGAGCCCGCCCCUCUCCUGAGACCCCCUCCUCAGGUGUUCCAGGCUGUGCACAUCCAGGGACCGGUCGCCACCUUGGACAGGAGCUUUGCCUUCCGGCAGUUCAUCUGCUCAGAAUCAGCGGAUGAGGGAAUCAUUAUGGGCUCUAUGGACACUGUGUUGGACCCCAUGAGAGUUUGGCUGAGAUCUGGGCUGAGGCUGAGGGCUCUGCUCUGCGUGGGGAUGGCUCAGGGCUGGUCUGUGACCUGCAGGGGAUCGUCGGGUCCAGCUGAGGUGCCCGCUGCUGCUGGGGACGUGAGGGCCUCGCCAGGAGGGGAGCGAGAUCUGAAGAAAGUGUGGGAAACUCCCUUGUUGUUCUCUGUGUAG